UGCGAGAGGGUGCCGGGGGCGCGCACGCGACGGCUUGGGCGCCAUGUUGGAAGCUUGCUGAGCCCGGCCGCCGGGGAUUCUGUGUUUCUCCCUCCUCUCUGUUUGUGUGGUGGAAGCGGAACCCUCGUCGCUGAGCGGCUGCUGGUUGCCUGUUUCCUGAGAGGGCCCGGGGGGCAGGGCAGGAGGAGGAGGAGGAGGAGGAGGAGAAGGGGAACAAGAAGAGGCAGCGGCGGAUCAUGGAUGUCGAGAGACUGCAGGAGGCACUGAAAGAUUUUGAAAAGAGGGGGAAGAAGGAAGUGUGUCCAAUACUGGAUCAGUUUCUUUGUCAUGUUGCCAAGACUGGAGAAACAAUGAUUCAGUGGUCGCAGUUCAAAGGCUAUUUUAUUUUCAAAUUGGAGAAAGUGAUGGAUGACUUCAGAACUUCUGCUCCUGAGCCAAGAGGCCCUCCUAACCCCAAUGUGGAGUACAUUCCCUUUGAGGAGAUGAAAGAACGCAUUCUGAAAAUAGUCACUGGCUUUAAUGGUAUCCCUUUUACUAUUCAGCGACUCUGUGAGCUGCUGACAGAUCCAAGGAGGAAUUACACAGGAACAGACAAAUUUCUCAGAGGUGUAGAAAAGAAUGUCAUGGUUGUCAGUUGUGUGUAUCCAUCAUCAGAGAAAAAUAAUUCCAAUAGUUUAAACAGGAUGAAUGGCGUAAUGUUUCCUGGAAAUUCACCAGGCUAUUCCGAGAGGCUUUUUUGUCUUUGCAGAUCCAAUAUAAACGGUCCUGGCACUCCCCGACCUGUGAAUCGACCAAAAGUUUCUUUGACACUUCCUAUGACAACAAACGGUUUACCAGACAGCCCAGAAAAUAAGGAGACAGGUCUUCCACAAGCAGAAGAGAAAAUUAACAGUGAAUCACCAGCAUCGGAGCCUGAAAGAGUCCAGAGCAGUCCUGUAAAAAAUAAGCAUUCUGAAGAAGAUGCAGCAGAUGUUGAGGGGCGUGAGGUAAAAAGACUUAAAUUUGACAAAGAGGAGGAACCUGAAGAAACCUCUAGCCAGAGUGGUUCCAGUGAAGCUUGUUCAGCAAUGGUAGAAGAGAGCGAGUCAACUUCUGAAUCUCAGGAUAAAGAAAAAGAAACAAUUUCAGAGAGGCAGCAUUGUAAAGAGGAAGAAGAGGCGGAAGAAGAAUCCCUCAUGGCACCCAGAGAAAUGAUUCCAGAAAGAAAAGAUCAGGAUAAAGACAAUGUAUCCUUAACUGUGAAAGAAGAUAUUUCUGAGGAGAAUAAUCAGAUGGAGGAAUCUGACCAGACUCAAGCAGAGAAGGACUUGCCCGCUGAAGGGAGUGAAAACAGUGGAUCUGUCAGUAGCAGAGCUGACUGCAGUGACACAGAAGAGUUGGGCUCAUAUGUCAGUGAAAUUUCUGAAACAGCAUUGGAGACGCCAAUGGAAAACAGUGACGAAGCCACAGAAGCUGCAGAAGAACCUAUGGAACAAGACUAAUAAUUUAAAUACACUUAGAGGCAGUAUUUUCCAUAAGGCUCUGGUUUUACACUGUAUAAAUAAUUUUAUGUAAUAAAAGUGGACCUUUAGUUUUACAAGAGAAGCAGGCUGUAAAUUGAACUUCUCAGUGCGUUAAAUCCUGAAAGAGUUGUACUUGUUACUGUGAAAUAUCGACUCCUUCAGGUCCUGCUUACCGCUGAAAUUUUGGUAUGGUCAAAUCAGUGGUCUGUGUAUAGUUUUUUUAUUUAGAAUUAAAGUUUUUAAACUGGAAAGUGAUUAUCAUUUUGACAACUUUUUGGAAAUUACCACACUAAGGGUGCAAUCCUAUGCAUGUUUAGACAGAAAAAAGACCUGGCUGGGGCAUGCUGGGAAUUGUAGGCCUUUUCUCCUGCUCAAGUUUGCAUAGGAAUGUGCCCUAAGGGUGCUAUUCUAUACAGAUUUAGAUAGCAAAAAGACUUACAAGUCCCACCAUGCCCCAGCCAGCCUAACUGGGAAUUGUAGGCCUGUUCCCUGUCUAAGCUUGCAUAGGAUUGCACCAUGGCUUAUUUCGCUCUCUCUUUCCCUUGGAUACUAUAGCAGUUAUUUUCUGUUCUUGGUUACACUUUCAACAUUAAUAUGGGAAUUAGAGGGUUUCUUGUUGGUUUCCAGGUUUUCAUUUUAACUGCAUUGUGUGCUUUAAAAAGCAACACAUUUUGACAUGAAAUACUUGAAAACAUGCUAAUCUAAAGAAAACCUUUGCUUGCACUCUUAAGACUUUUCCCCUCUAAUGGAAGCAACUCAGUUCAUUUCACAUGAGGCAACAUUUCAAUUUGAAUAAACCAAAUAAAAUUGGACCCACCUAUAUCCUGAAUAUCUGAACACUGUUGAAAGUGCCAGGUUAAAUACAUUCCAAGAGGUCUGUUCUUAUAAAACACUUUCAUACAUUUCUGAGGUGCCUGAAUGAAAGGUUUUCAUUUUAUUCCUGAGAAAAUGUGCUUUUCAGUUGAGAACAGACUAGCUUCAGCUUUUUUCCAGGGGGAAUGUUUGCAAACCUGACAAGACAGUUUCUCUGAACUGAGGCAGCUUCUGGCCUUAGAUAAUUGUUUCAAAGAAGGCAGAUCAGACCAAUAUGAGACACUGCAGCAUUACAUCCUCUCUAAUUAGUUUUAUACCUUAUUUUAAUGGCUGGCUAGACAUUGUAGGGGUGCAUAGAAACUACCAUAAUUUGUACAUCAUUUGAAAGUGAACUAAAUAUCUUUUGAAACAUGCUCCUUGACAGCCAGUGUUAACAUUUUCUUUUUCAAAACCAGCUCAAAGCACAACUACUGCUUUAAAUUCUUCACAUUAUAUUUUUCAGACAUCAACAUGUAAAGACACUCAAGAUGCAACCUCCCAGUCGCAUUUACUGGCUGCCAAAUUUAUACCUGUUUCUUUAACUGUACCUUUUUGAUAUUUAGAAUUUUUAAAUUUCUGUAAAGUAGAUUUUUGUAGAUUGUAAAGAGUGCUCACUGCCAUUGUGAAACGGUAUAUAAUUGUAUAAUUUGUGUGUAAACUGGAUGCUUGGGCUUUCAAUACAGUAUUCAUAUAAAGCAAUAAAUAUUAAUGUUAUAAAAUGUUUGAGUACAUUUUAAUCAAAUUCAAUAGGAAUACCUUUAUUUUUUAGGGGUGAAGUUGCAUACCUUGGAGUUCAGAAAUAACCACCAAAAUGCAUGCUAACAAUUCUUUCACUGCAUUGUGUGUUCAUUUUGGAGAAGGGGUGGGAUUUGAAUUCAGUUGGUAUUCCAGAAUAAUUUGGCAGAAUUUUCUUAUUUGUAAGGCGAUGAUAAACUGUGCUGUCUAUCAGGUUCAGAGCAGACAAAAGAAGCUUUGGAAAAGUCCUGGUGCUGUAUUGCAUACAUGGAAAAACCCAUCUUUUUCAAUAGUUUGCCCCUUUGCAGAGACAGCAGGAAGGUUGGUUUGCUUAAACUAAUAAUUAUGGGGAGCACUAAAACCAAAGUAUAAGGAUUAGAAAACAUUCCCAAAAUGCAAGGCUAGAAAACUGUUUUUCUUUUCCCCCUCUCCAUUGCGUUUCCUUUUUUUCAGGGAUAUUUUGCCAAUAAGAACAAAAUUUAAGUUUUAGAGAUUUCUGAAAUUUACUUUAGAAUGUUUGUGAAAAUAUUGUUAAUAAACCUAUUCUUUAAGCA